AUGAACACAGUUUUAGAGUUAGUUCUCAGUCACCCAGUCUAUGCAGGUGCAUUAUUUUGCGUGGCCUUGCUGAUAGUAAGAUAUGCACUCGGGAGACUUUUGCAGAAAACAGUGAAAAGCUUCCCACGUAAAUAUCCAAGCGAUGCCAACAAGAAAAAGACAUUUUUCUACCAUGUUGCUAUCGUUGGAGCUGGUCCAGCUGGAUCAACUGCUGGUUACUACCUUGCCAAAAAAGGUUGGAAUUGUUUACUGCUUGAGAAAAAGAAGUUCCCACGUGAUAAGUACUGCGGCGAUGCAGUGUGUAAGACUGCUAUAGAAAUACUUAUUGACAUGGGUGUGUAUCAACAGUUGCUAGAAGAAAAGAAAGCUCAUGUGGCUGAUAACGGCGGUCUUUGCAGCCCAGGAGGUCUGAGUUACGUUGGACGAAGUAAAGAAAUGUUAGGUGAAAUUCCUGCAGCCAUAGCGUGUAAAAGGAUAAAUCUCGACAAUGCUAUCGCCAUGGCAGCAAAAAGGGCAGGUGUUCAUCUACGGGAAAACUGUUCAGUUUCCAAAGCAGUUUUUGACAAGAAACAAGGCCUGUGGACCAUAAGCCUUGAAGGUGUUGGCAUCACCUACAAGGCCCGAGUUUUAGUGUGCGCGGAUGGUGCACCGUCCACAUUAGGACGGAGUUUAGGUCUUGUGAAGACUCCUCCUGGUGGCACUUGCAGCAGAUCAUAUGUAGAACCUGGCACACAUAAAUUCAAAGCCGAUGGUGUGGUGUUUUAUAACCGUGGACUCUUACCUGGCUAUGCAGCUCUGUUUCGUCACCAUGGAGAUGAGCUUAACUACUGUGUUUACAUAAUACCUGGUAAUCCAAAGGUAACCAAUGACGAUCUACCGCACUGGCAUGAAUACUUAAAAACGAAGGAUCCAAACAUCAGUCGAGCUCUCGGCAAAAACUUCAAGAUUGAGAGAAUGAAAGCUGCCAGUCUGAGAUUGGGAGGAGAACCAGUAUCUUACAGUGAUCAUGUAAUCCUAGUUGGAGACGCUGCGGGAAUGAUCGACCCCAUGACGGGUGAAGGAAUUCACCAUGCAAUGGAUGGUGGGAAAAUCGCUGCUAAUUUCCUUGAUGAAGCUCUGUUGCAUGGUAACUAUGACAACGAUAUGAUGAAAAUUUACCAUGAAAGAUGGAUGAAACAAUUUGGUCAUGACUUUGUUUGGUCAAAUUGGAUUUGUAAAUUAUUGUAUCGCUUCCCAAUUCUCUUGGAUGCAGCCACUGCUGCAGUUAGUAGAAAAGGUGACAAGUUUUUGGCAAGAUGGGCCGACAUAAUGACAGGAAGAGUUCCAAAAAUUCAUCUCUUGAAACCUGAAUUCGUCAUAGUGAUAACCUUUGAACUCUUUAAGUUAAUUGGAAAGCGUCUUGUUGGAAUUAAACCCAAGUCUGACUAG